UGUAUAAAAGGAUCCGAUCUGAGAAAUCGGAACCCUGUGGAGACAGAAAGAACCGAAUACAAAACGCGGAGGAGAGUCUCCUCACUCCUCAAUGGAAGGCGGCGAAUCGGUUCCCCUUUCUGCCACCGCCGCCAGCGAUACCACCGGCUCGCCUCCUCCGCUCGAUUCUCCCGAUCUCGCGGUUGGCUCUGACGAUGUUGCGGAACCUGAAAUUCACCCUCUGAUUUCAGACGAAGACCACGAUCACGAGCAUGAGCUUGAGCAUGAACACGAACACGAUCAGGAUCACGAGCAUGAGCGUGAGCAUGACCACCAUGACGAGGACCACGACCGCGAUCACGCCGCCGUUGCCGGUGUCUCCUUGGAUGAUCUUAAGCUCAAGAUCAUAAAGCAGGUUGAGUAUUAUUUCAGCGAUGAAAAUCUGCCAACUGAUAAGUAUCUGUUUGGUUUUAUCAAGAGGAACAAGGAAGGGUUUGUUCCUAUAUCAGUAAUUGCUUCUUUUAGAAAAAUGAAGAAGCUCACACGAGACCAUUCAUUUAUUGUUACUGCUCUGAAGGAGUCUUCACUACUUGUUGUUAGUGGUGAUGGGAAAAGGGUCAAGCGACUCAAUCCAUUUCGUUUUAAUGAAAAUAGAGAUCACAAGUUAUACACUGUUUUGGUAGAGAAUUUGCCGGAGGACCAUUCAAAGGAGAACAUCCAACAAAUAUUUCAUGAAGCUGGAAAUAUAAAGAGGAUAACCAUUAACAACCCACGUUCUACUGCAGAGUCUGUGAAACAUAUAAAGCAAGAAAUGUUAAUUAGUAGCAAGUUACAUGCUCUUGUGGAAUAUGAGACUAUCGAGGCUGCUGAGAAAGCUGUGACUAUGUUAAAUAAUGAACAAGACUGGAGAAAUGGCAUGCGGGUUAAGCUUCUCAAGCGAGUGGUUAGUUCAUAUGGACACAAAAAACAAGCUUGGAAAGGAUCUAAUUCUGAGAAGCAUAGCUCAAGCCAUGUAUCUGAACAAACAGGAGAUGAAGAUAAUCAUGGCUCAAAUGAGCAUCAUGAAGAUACACAUGAGGAAGAGGAUGGGGAGCAUUUGUCUAAGGAUAAAGGUGGGCAGAGGUAUAGAAAUCAAGGAAGACCAAGAAAACAUAAAUAUCGUGCUGCAAAUGGAAUGGGCCACGGAAGUACAUCAUCCGCUCAUGCUGCCGAAGCAUCAAAGCCGCCUCCUGGACCAAAAAUGCCAGAUGGGACACGUGGCUUUGCAAUUGGACGAGGUCGACCUCCCGUCCCUGGUUCAAAUUAGCAAGAUUUGACGUCACCCAUAAGGCAUUGUGUUUAAAUGUAUGUUGUCAGAUGUUUCAGUGAUGUACUAGUUUUAACUUGGGUCCCUUUGCGUGUUCCCUUGAGUCAACGUUCAAGGGUUUGCUGCACUGCUAAAUUGUGGCUCAAUCUUUGGAAGCGGGUGUUGGGGGGGGUCAAGCACGUGCCCAUUUUCAGAUUAUUAGGCUGGGAAAGAUGAAAUUGUUUUGUGGUGGUAAUCCUCACCUUACGAGGAAUCUGUGUAACAAAAUCCUAUGGAGAAAUUUGUUAAUGGGGAUGAAGGUAUGUGUUUGAUAUUGAACUGCAUGUUUGGAAUGUCCACAAAUCACUUUUAAACGUCAAAGUUUUAACUACAUAAAGUUAGAUUCAGGGGUUUAAUGUGAAAGUAAACAUGUUAUGGUGUUUUCUAGGUUAACAUUAUAAUGGUCUUGCUGUCGUUGAAACAGUGGGAGUGGAAUUACAUGAAACUUAUUAGUUAACAUAGGGUUGGACGGGUCUGUCGUUAAGACGUGUUUUGAGUAAGAAAAUGGUUCAGGAGAAUGAGAUAAAG